AUGACCUGUGAUGGUCAGAACCUGGUUACUGAAGAUGUGACUGUGGUGGAGGGAGAUGUGGCCACCAUCAGCUGCCGGGUCAAGAACAGCGAUGACUCUGUGAUCCAGCUCCUGAAUCCCAACAGACAAACGAUUUAUUUCAGGGAUUUCAGACCACUGAAGGACAGCAGAUUCCAGCUGGUGAACUUCUCCAACAGUGAGCUCCGAGUCUCCUUGACGAACGUCUCCAUUUCUGAUGAGGGAAGGUACUUCUGCCAGCUCUACACUGAUCCCCCCCAGGAAAUUUAUACCACAAUUACUGUGCUUGUCCCACCACGCAAUUUGGUGAUCGAUAUCCAGAAGGAAACUGCUAUUGAGGGAGAAGAGAUAGAGCUGAACUGCACUGCCAUGGCCAGCAGACCAGCCACCACCAUCAGGUGGUUCAAAGGAAACAAGGAGCUAACCGGCAAGUCAGAGGUGGAGCAGUGGUCCGACAUGUACACGGUCACCAGCCAGCUGGUGCUGAAGGUGGGACGGGAGGACGACGGGGUCCCCGUCAUCUGCCUGGUGGAUCAUCCUGCUGUCAAAGACUUGCAGACGCAGCGUUACCUGGAAGUCAUGUAUAAGCCUCAAGUGCGGGUGUCUCAGAAUUACCCGGUGCAAGGCCUGACGAGGGAAGGGGAGCCACUGGAGCUGACCUGCGCAGCCUUUGGAAAACCACAGCCUACGGAGAUGAGGUGGUUAAGAGUAGAUGAUGAGAUGCCUCAACACGUUGUAGUGUCUGGUUCAAACCUUCUCAUUAAUAACCUAAACAAAACAGAUAAUGGUACAUACCGCUGUGAGGCUUCAAACGCGGUGGGGAAAUCACAUGCGGAUUACAUGCUGUUUGUAUACGAUCCCCCCACAACUCUCCCUCCUCCCACAACAACCACCACCACUACCACCACCAUCCCUACCACCAUCACAGACACAACGGCGACGACAGAACCGGCAGUUCACGGCUUUACUCAGUUGCCCAAUUCCGCAGAGGAGCUGGACUAUGGGGAUCUCUCAGAUUCUCGCGCAGGUGAGGAGGGGGCGAUUCGCAGUGUGGACCACGCCGUGGUGGGCGGCGUUGUGGCCGUGGUCGUGUUUGCAAUGCUUUGCCUGCUCAUCAUUUUAGGGCGAUAUUUUGCCAGGCAUAAAGGUACAUACUUCACUCACGAAGCCAAAGGAGCAGAUGAUGCAGCCGAUGCAGACACAGCCAUCAUCAACGCAGAGGGAGGACAGAACAACUCUGAAGAGAAGAAAGAGUACUUCAUCUAG